CCUUAAGAAUUCCAUCUGUGUUGUAGAGAGAGAGAGAGAGAGAGAGAGAGAGAGAGAGAGAGAGAUGAAGCCCACAAUUUCAGCACCGCUUCACAUUCUGGUGUUACAUCUUCUGGUUGUUCUAUCUGCUUCACAGGAUUUUGAUUUCUUCUACCUUGUUCAACAGUGGCCAGGGUCAUACUGUGAUGCAAAGCAGAAAUGCUGUUACCCAACAACAGGGAAGCCUGCAUCAGAUUUCGGAAUUCAUGGGCUUUGGCCCAAUUACAAGGAUGGAUCGUAUCCAUCCAACUGUGAUUCCAGCAACUCCUUCGAUGCAUCAGUGAUCUCAGACCUGACCGGCCGUAUGCAGACUAACUGGCCAUCGCUAGCCUGUCCGAGCAGCACCGGCCUGAAAUUCUGGUCACACGAAUGGGAGAAACACGGGACUUGCUCAGAAUCUGUCCUCGAUCAACAUGGAUACUUUGAAACUGCUCUCAACCUCAAGAAAAAAGUGGACCUCCUCCAAAUCCUCGAAAACGCAGGAAUCCAACCGGAUGGGGGAUUUUACAGCUUGGACAGUAUCAAGAAGGCCAUAAGGGAUGGAAGUGGAUACACUCCCUUUAUAGAGUGCAAUGUCGACGACUCCGGCAAUAGCCAGCUCUAUCAGGUUUACCUUUGCGUGGAUAAUUCCGGGUCUGACUUCACCGAGUGUCCGGUAUUCCCAAAAGGCCGGUGCGAUUCAAAGAUCGAAUUCCCUACUUUCUAACUAUUGAUACAUGACUAGUGAAGCAAGAGAAAUCAGAGAUCCCCUGUUCCUAUAUUCUUGUCUUCAUAAAUCUGUCUCUCAGUAUUGAUGCAGAAUAAAAUUCCAUUGAGUUGAUCUUCAUGUACUUGUAAUCAGGUUAUAUAAGCAAUAUGUGUUUGUUCUUCAA